CGGUAACGCAACAAUUACGCUAGUAUCGAUCCGAUACAUGGUAUCGGUGCUAUUGACAUUAGAAUCGACCCGCCCACCCCUGCUGAGCACACACGCAGGUUGGCGAGGGCGUGUACGACUUGAGGCAGGAAAAAGGCGGAUAUAAAUCCACACACUCCGGGAACACGGCUUUGCCAACCAAGCGGUGCACGUUGCCGUCAGCGACAUGGACAGUUCUGGUCCACGCUCUGCUUGCUCCAUGUUUGCCUUGCUGGUGGGAGGCUCGCAAGUUUUGGGUCUGGCAUCAGUGGUGCUGACCGGCGUGUGGAUGGGUCACUAUCGCGGGGGCUUCGCUUGGGACGGCUCCGAACAGGAGUUCAACCUGCACCCUCUGUGCAUGGUGCUGGGCCUGGUCUUCUUGCAAGGAGACGCCAUCCUGGUUUAUCGAGUAUUCCGUAAUGAGGCGAAGAAAAACGUGAAGCUGCUUCACGGCAUCAUUCACUUGCUUGCCCUCAUCAUCAGCAUCGUUGGUAUUGUAGCAGUGUUUGACUCCCACAGAGCAGCCAAGUAUCCAAACAUGUACUCCUUACACAGCUGGUGCGGGAUGGCUACUUUAGUCUUAUUUAGCUUGCAGUGGGUCAUGGGUUUGUUGUUCUUCCUGUUCCCUGUCUCGUCGUCAUGGUUGCGAGCCUCGUACCUCCCCGUCCAUGUGUUCUGUGGUCUGGUUCUGCUGGCCAUGGCUGUCGGGACCAGCUUGCUUGGUAUCACAGAGAAACUCCUCUUCAGUAUCAUGUCAACCUAUUCCAUGUUUCCCCCUGAGGGGGUGCUGGCCAACAUUUUGGGUGUCCUGCUCGUGUGCUUCGGCCUGCUGCUGGCCUACAUGAUCACCAGGGAAGAGUACAGACGGCCACCCAAUCCAGAGGAGGAGUCUUUGGCGGUGCACUUUAAGACCCUGACUGAAGGAGGCUCACCCACCAUGCCUUAAGUCGCAUGCGUUCAUUGACUACUCCGAGUGAACACAUGAUUUCAGCCAUGAAAUACAGUGGAACCCGCUUAUGUUGUCCAUGCCUACCAACUCAUCACAUCCUGAUCCAAUGUGUAUUUCUUAUUGCUAAAAAGUACUUGGUAUUUCAACAUCAACAUACAUAGUCGACCGCUAUUUUCGACAUAAAAUCUGAGAGCCCAAGAGGUCAUUUCUAUGAAAUAUGGGUCUGUUUAUGUGGUCAUGUGUUGUAGUAUUGUAAACUUAAUUAUCAUUAUCGCUAAGCUACGACGGCGUAUUAGGGCCACAUUAAGAUUUCAAGAAUAAAGUUGUAGAUUUACGAGAAAAAAUAACUAUCAUAAGUAAUUCAAAUUAAAUUUAUUUAUUUAAUUCAAAAUUACAAUUAAGAAAAUAUCAAAGGAGUCCCUCAUACAUAAUGAUGUUGCUGUUGUUAAUGGACGCUGCUUAGUACGAUGCAGUACGAGGGCCACAUUUGAAAAAAAAUAAAUAAAUCUGACAUUUCAAAAAUAAAGUAGGAAAUUUCAGAGAAUAAAAGUAGUAAAUUUAUAUUUACAUAUUUAGAUUCCUUAACCAUGGAAACAUACCAUGCAAGGGUUUGAAUGACUUAAAGAAUGCUAGUAUGCUACACCUAAUAACGCUAGCUGUUUGUAUAUGUGCCUACCUCGGAAAAUGCUAAAAAUGUUAGUAUAAUUAUGUUAGCAUGCUAACGCUUAGCAUGACAAUGCUAAGUGUUUGCUCAAGGUGGUGAUGGAAAAUGGCCGCAAUGGGAAGAAUUUGUAAAAUAAAUUCCUGGAUCAAGACGGUAAUCUUUAUCACCCCCAAAAUGUAGUCACUUCUUCCAAAUCCCAUUUCCGACAUUUCUUGAAAUUUUCAUCAAAAGUCACUUUGAACACAAACAAAAAACAGACAAGAUAAAUGCCGGCAAAAACAUAACCUCCUUGAUGCACUUGGCAGAAGUAAAUAUACUAUAUAUAUAUAUAUAUAUAUUUAAUGUAACAUGUUUUUAAAUGUAAAGUCAUACUGAUUGACACGUGCCAAGGAGUGAACAUUACCGUUGAUAGCAGCCAGUGGACGCUCUAAACUUGUGACAACUAUAUGCUCCUCUGUGUGCUAUUGUGAAGUUGAAUAACUUGCCUUUCCAGAUUAUAAGUGUCUCUUCAUGAAAAGUAAAUGUGACUUAUAGCCCAGUGUGAUUUAUUUAUGUUUUUCUUUCUCUUCAUGAUGUUUUUUUUGUCUGAUACUCCAGAGCGACCUAUAUGGUAAAUCUAUUUUUCAUCAGUGAAUUUUUGUCUUUGUGAGAUGUUUCAAAAU